CUUUUCCUCUUCAAAAACAAAUUCAAUCACUAGUCCUGGAACCUUUCAGCUUCAAUUCCUCUUCCAAGACCCCUCAACCUUUGAUCAAACCUAACAUCUCACCAUGGCAUUCCACAUACUUUACGCCGAGGAAAGCGACGCCCCCUCCCUCGCGAAAAUCAACACGCUGAGUUUCCAAGGCCGCGGCUUCUUAUCGCAAGUCUUCCCUGAAACGAGCCAGGAGGGGCUCCAAGCCUACAAAGCCAUCUACACGAUGAAGCACCUCGCCAACCCGCAAAUGCACGUCCUCAAGGUCGCCGACCCUAUCCGCGGGGUCACGGUAGGCUAUGCGCGAUGGCACAUUCCCGAAUCGCUGUACCCGCGAACGAAUUUGCCCGUAUUGAGCGAGCAGGCGCAAGAAGCCGCGCGAGACUUUUUGCAAUUUUCACCGCGCCCGAUGAACGAACCGCUUUAUGCGGCGUUUCGGGGGUUGUUGGAGGAAUGUCGGAAGAAGCACGUUACGGAGAAGGAUAUGAUGCUGGAUCUACUGGCCACGCUACCGGCUUAUCAAAGACUGGGAUUCGGAUCGACCCUCUUGCGCUGGGGCACGGCCAAGGCGGAUGAAUGGCAGGCACGCAUAUACUUGGAGGCUACGGGGGAGGGCUAUCCAGUGUAUAUCAAGCAUGGGUGGAAGCCCGUUGAAGAGGUGCAUCUCGAUCGGGCAAAGUACGGAGGACAAGGUCGAGAGUCGUUUGUACUAAUGAUUCGAGAGCCGAGGCCUAUUCAAUAGGUGGGAAGCAUCUACGACAAUUUCCGAGAUGGUAGAAUGGGAUGCUAGAUGAACAUGGACCUGGAGGCGCAGCAUAUAAUAUAAGCACGAUAUGACAUUGACUUUAGACCAUAUCAGUCCAC